AUGAUUUUAUGGCAUUUCCUCGCUUUUCUCAGCACACGUGCAGCAACUCUUUGCAGAUUGCCCAACCAGAAUGACUACACUAUCAUUCAAGAUCCGUUCCUUGGCGAUAUUGACCAUGGUCAGCCAGGCAUCGUCCUUAGAACCUUGUACAAUGAUGACCACCUUCGUUGGUUCAUGGUUUAUCAAAACGAAAUCGACUUCAAACCGUACCGUGCCAUGAAUAUCCCGCCCAAUACGACCGUCUUCAUUGACUUGACAACCUCCUGUUCUACAUUCGCCGGAAGACUCAUCCGCGGCAAUAACAUCAACUUUGACGGCAUGGCCCACAACUUGGGUACAUGGGCUGAGGUCAACUGGGGGAGUUACCCAUCCGCGUACGGGGGAGUGUCUGUAAUUGAAGGCAACGACGGACCAAUUCUCUUCCAGUCUGAGGAUCUAAACACUCCUAUCAUGGGAUUCCUGAUUGAUAUCAUAACUGCUGCACCGAACGAGUGCCAGGAAGUGAAAGACAGUGGAGCCCUGGCGCUGAAGCCAACUGACAAAAACGGGUACGAUAAGAAGACACACAAUUUUACGAAGAAGAUGCUGGACAGCAAUAAGGUUUCCAUCGACAACACUCACGAUGCUACAACCAUGUCCCAUAACGGGAGGUUGAGAAUCAUGUUUCUUCAAGGAAAUCAUUAG